CAAUUUUUUUUUUUUGUUAUUUUGCUGGGAUUUGGACGUGUGUAUUAAUUAGUUUAAAAUAAUUAAGCAAGUAGGAGCUCCUACCCCACUGGCGCGGCAUGGCGGACAAGAAGAAGUACAAGAAAACCAAAGAGGAGAUCCGGCGGGAAAUCGCUCGCGAGUUUGAUCUGCCGGAGCGCAAGUCCAAGAUAGCCACGAUACUCAAGCAGGAGGACCAGGCCUACUGCAUCUGCCGCACCUCAGACUGUUCCCGGUUUAUGAUAGGCUGUGAUGGCUGCGAGGAGUGGUAUCAUGGCGACUGCAUUGGCAUCACCGAGAAGGAGGCCAAGCACAUCAAGCAGUACUACUGCCGGCGCUGCAAGAGGGAGAAUCCCGAGCUGCAGACCAUCUUUCGCUUGGUGGCCACCGAACGGGCUGCCGCCUCGAAUGCCGCUUCAACCAGCCUGAGUGCCUCGGGCUCGGGUCCGCCUGGGGCGCCGCCCGGUGGCGGAGGACCUCCGUUGCCACCGCCAUCGGCGCCGCUCAAGCGCAAGAGCAGCAGCGCCCGGGAGGCCAAGGCCGGCAGGCGCUGCGGCACCUGCGAGGGAUGCCGGCGUCCCAACUGCAACCAGUGCGAUGCCUGCCGGGUUCGCGCUGGCCACAAGCCGCGCUGCAUCUACCGCACCUGCGUCAACCAGCCGGCCGCCGCCGCCGAGCCUGCCCCCUCUCAGUCGGGGACAGGGGGAAGGAAGCGCGAAAAGGCGUCCGCCGCCAAGGCUCGCAAGGCGAAGGUCGGCACAAAGCGGGCCGCCAGUCCAGAGGUGUACCUCAAUCCCGAGCUGGAGGGCACGCGUCAGUGCCACGGUCCCGGCUGCUGCUGCCAGGCGCGGCCGCAGAGCAAGUACUGCAGCGACAAGUGCGGCUUGAACUUGGCCACCAAUCGCAUCUUCCAGGUUCUGCCGCAGCGCCUGCAGGAAUGGAAUCUGACGCCGUGCCAUGCCGCCGAGGAGACCCGCAAGCAGCUGGAGAGCAUCCGUCAGAAGCAGGCACUGGUGCGCUUCGCCCUCGCCGAGCUGGAAAAGCGCUGCGACGAGCUAAACAUGGUAGUGGAACGAGCCAAGCGUAGCUCCAUCGACACGCCGGGACCUCAUGACACCGGCGAUGCGGAGGAUGAGCAGAGCAUGUACUGCAUCACCUGCGGCCACGAGAUCCACUCGCGCACUGCCAUCAAGCACAUGGAGAAGUGCUUCAACAAGUACGAGUCGCAGGCCAGCUUUGGCAGCAUCUUCCAGACCCGCAUGGAGGGCAACAAUAUGUUCUGUGACUUUUACAAUCCGGCCAGCAAGACCUAUUGCAAGCGUCUGCGCGUGCUCUGUCCGGAGCACAGCAAGGAUCCGAAGGUGAGCGACACCGAUGUCUGCGGCGCCCCCCUGGUGAACAAUGUCUUCAAUCCGACGGGUCAGUUCUGUCGGGCGCCCAAGAAGAACUGCUUCAAGCACUAUGCCUGGGAGAAGAUCCGACGGGCAGAGAUUGAUCUGGAGCGUGUCCGCCAGUGGCUCAAGAUGGAUGAUUUGAUGGAGCAGGAGCGCAUGCUGCGACAGCAGUUAACAUCCCGGGCGAAUCUAUUGGGACUAAUGCUGCACUCCACCUACAAUCAUGAGGUGAUGGAUGAGCUGGUGCGCAAGCAGCAAGAGCAUUUGGCGGAGUUUGAAAAGCAGAAGCGCCGUCGGCAGCAGCUCCAGGCGAACCAGAAACUGAUGCAGGAGAAGCAACAGCAAUUCCAGCAGCAGCCGCCACUCCAACAGCAACAACAGCAACUUCAGCAGCAGCAGCAGCAACUUUAUAAGCAGCAACAGCAACUUCAACAGCAGCAAAUGCAGCAAGUUCAGCAGCAGCAACUUCAUCAGCAGCAACAGCAACUUCAGCAGCAUCAACUUCAACAGCUGCAGCUACUCCAGAAGCAGCAGCAACUGCAACAGCCACAGCACCUGCAACAGCCACAACAGCAGCAACAGAAACUCCAACAGGAACUACAGCAGCAGAAACAGAAACUCCAUCAUCAGCAGUUACUCCAGCAGCAGAAUCUGAAACAGCAGCAGGAGGUCCAGCAGAUGCAUCAGCAACUCAAGCUGGAGCAGAUCCAGAAGCAACAGCAGCAGCUCCAGCAGAAGCUCUUCUAUCAGCAGCACAAGUCCUAGAGUUUCAAAUCCUUUUAAGAGUGUAGACAAAAAAAAGCAAACAAAAACAAAACCAAUAAAUUGACAUGCAAGAAAUCCCCUUUUUGUACAAGAGAA